CGGUCGCGCCGCUGCAUGGGCAGCACAGCACAGCGGCUUGGGCUCUUCGGCCAGUUCUUCAAAGCCGUUCGCACCAGAUCGAUCUCCGAUCAGCUGCAACUCUCUCUCGCUCUCUCUCGUCGCCUCCUGCAGGACCAGAUGAGGUUCUGGUCUCUGCUGGCCGUGGCAUGGCUGCCCGUCCGGCAGGUCCUCCUCGCCGGCGGCCUCGGAGCCUGCCUCGCGUCCAGCCGCUUCGACGUCCUCACCUCCGAUGCUCGGAGGCACAUAAACAAGGUUGUUUACAUCGUGUUCGUCCCGUCGCUCGUCUUCUCGAGCUUGGCAGGCACCGUCACGCUUAAGGACAUCAUUUCCUGGUGGUUCAUGCCAGUGAACAUGGGCAUCAUAUUCCUCAUCGGAGCAGCUCUAGGGUGGCUGGCCGUCAAGGCCCUGAAGCCAGGAGCACAUCUUCAGGGGCUGAUCAUUGCUUGCAGCUCAGCAGGUAACUGGGGGACCAUUCCUCUGAUGAUUGUCCCGGCGAUUUGCAAUGAGGAGGACAGCCCCUUUGGUGAUGCCGACACCUGCAAAUCUCUCGGCCUCUCCUACGUCUCGCUGUCCAUGGCGCUAGGGAAUUUCUUUAUCUGGACUCAUAGCUACAGCGUCAUGAAGAGAUCUGCUCAGCUAUACAAGAAAUGCGGUGAUCCUUCAACUAACUUAACGAAAGAAGAAAACUCGGGAGAAGCCGAAAACGGCAAUCAUGCGGCUUUUCUUCCCCUGUCGUCUGGGGAAUUUCUUCAUGAGGAUGUAGAGAGCGACCCGGUCAGUUCUAGCAUCCCUUCCAACGGUGUUGCUGGUAGCUUCCUGCACUACUUAAGAAGAGCAAAGGAACUGCUGGUAGAGAUACUGAAUGAACUGUGGUCACCUCCCAGUGUUGCCGCGCUCGUAGGGUUUACCGUGGGCGCAAUCGACAAGCUGAGACCACUCGUUACCGAGGAAGACGGCCCUCUCCGAGUAGUCCAAGAUACUGCAAAGUUACUAGCAGAUGCUGCGAUACCAUGCACCGUCCUCAUACUCGGCGGAAACCUCACAAAAGGGAGAGGCAGGACGACGAUGAAGCCUCUUGUAGUCAUAUCGAUCACCGUGAUACGCUUCGUCAUCCUCCCGGCCUGCGGAAUUGGGGUGGUGAAGGCAGCCAGCGAGCUCGGGUUCCUUCCGAGAUCGCCCCUGUACCGCUACGUUCUCCUGCUGCAGUCCACGGUUCCCCCAGCCAUGAGCAUCGGGACGAUAGCCCAGCUGUUUGAUGUUGGGGAAGAGGAGUGCUCCAUCGUCUUCCUAUGGACGCACCUGGUUGCAGCCCUGGCUCUCACGCUCUGGUCGACGGUGUUCAUGUCACUCGUGUCCUGAGGAUCUCUUCAGCAAGAAAAUUUUGCAUCGGCACAUUUGCACAGUGUGUUUCAAGCAUUGUCAAGUGACAACCCAAAUAAGAGAUAUGCCCAGAGAUGAGCAACUCUGUGAAGAGCUACUCCAGGCUGAUUUGACAAUAUCAUAAAAUCACAUAUGUUUGUUGAAUUAAAGAAUGGACCCUAGUACAAUGUGGAAGCGGAAAAAGGGUGAAUGCGCUAAUGUUACAAUUCAAUUGUACAUUUGUUGUUCA